UAUGCAGUGACGUCAUCUAUUUUUGACAGGAGACAAGCAGCGGGAGAAGAAAGGAGCGGACGCAACGAGGGCGAAGGAUGCAAAGGAUAAUGUCGCCGCUGUGGAGCCUCCCUCUCCGCCCGGCAGCAUGAUUAGCACGUCGGAGGCGGUGGGCCGCAGGAGGCCAUCGUCCGCCCGGCGGAGCGAGCGCUGGAUCGCCUGGUGCCAAGCUGCGCUGCUCGGCGUGUCGGCGCUGGUCAUUGCGGCCGAAAGGAGCGCUCUGAUCUACUGUAUCGGGUUUUACCUUUGGAACGAUGAGACACGAUGGGCCGGUUUCACGCUUGGGCUCUUCCUCCCGGGCACUGCGGUACAGCUGCUAAGUGUCAAAUGGUACUACGACGACGGUGAUGAUAGGAGAUGGUACCUUUCGACUAUACACAUUCUUCACUUGGGUAUCUUCAAACGGCUAUGGGACUGCAUGAGAUACGUGUCGCACAUGCAUGGCUCAGUUGCAGAGCUUGGUGCUGUCGUCAUGCUGCAGGCAGAUGUUGCCGCCCUUUGGCUCUUGGAGGCUCUGGUGGUCAGCCUACCUCAGAGCCUACUGCAGGCAUAUAUCGUCGUGUCCACUGACGUGGGUAUCACGUCACCAGUGGCCUAUAGCUGUGGUCUUUGCAUGCUGUCCGUUUCCUGGGCCUUGGUGCUGUACAGCCGCGCCUGCUGUCUCAUCCGACCAGGCCACCUUGCAAUGCCUCCGGCGGCUUUGCUCUGCCAGCUGGUGUGGAGGGCGGGCAUGCUGGGUGCUAGGGUGACCUGUCUUAUGUUCUUUGCCAGGGUGUUCAACUGGUGGGUCUGUGGAGUGGCAGCUUUUCACUGGCUGACUGCCUCCUUCUGGCUGGUAUCACAACAACCAGACAUCUGCACUGGGCCCUGGUGUUGGCGUGCCUUCAACGGCCUCCUGGGGCUCAUCCACGUCUUCCUGUUUCUCAACGUCAAAGAUGGACCAUCGCGCUUUCGCAUGGCUAGCUUUUAUACAUUCAUGCUCAUUGAGAACACCACUUUGCUCUUGGCUGCCUCUGACUUACUUAGCGAAGCAUCUUGGGACAAUAUGACCCUACCCAUCACUGUCCUAUGUAGCUUUAUCCUUGGCGCUACCUCUCUGGCACUCUACUACCGGUUCCUGCAUCCAAAGUCAACAGAGAUCGCCCAAGGUCUCCACAACAACCACAUGGGUAGUACCUGCAUUGAACGAGGGGAAUCUUCUUUCUCUCUUGGAGACAAAAGUCUUCCGGUUGGCAGUGUCCAAAACCACGGCAGCUUCUCUCUCUCCGGUGUGGCUGGUUCACUACUGGAGCAUCCCAGCACGUGCAGAGGGAGGCCAAACAGCUCCUGUCCUUGCUACCACCACCACUGGCUUCUCAUCAGGCUGGCCCUCAAAACAGGCGACUUGGGUAAGAUCAACCGAGCGUAUGGAGCGGGUGGCGCGGCAGCCAUUUUGGACUUGGAAGAUUACAACCAGGAGUUUAAGAGUAACGAUGGCAUCACGAGCUCAGCCGGGGGCAACUGCGAGGGCAUGUCAAACUCCGAGUCUCUGGGGCAAGGCUUGGCACCCCUUUCAGACUGCAAAGACGAAUUUCAGACUGUGAGUGAACCCACUUCCUUCGAACAAGCAGAGGAUGACAGUCUGGAGAUGGAGAGUCCGCUGGAGUCACCUGUGUCUGAUUUCAAACGCAGCUCACCUGAGGGUAAGUCUGUAUUUGGAGACAGUCCUGAGCCGUACUUCUGCCCUACGGAGUCCAGUUCAACCUUGUACUUCAGCGCUGAUCCCCAGUCUCCCAGCAGCGCCAGUAACCCCCGUUUGGACCGGGACUCUGGCGCUUCGGAGCAGGGCGCUCGUCUCAAUUCCAUUCCAAGUGAUCCGGCUCUUCACAGGGACGUUCGAGGGUUAAUCGGCCGGGUCGGGCCACGCUACACAUCCACCCCUAAACUGGACUUGGGAGUGCUGGAUUCUCCCUCCAGUGUCCCUCAUCUCAGUGGUCCCAGGAGGCAGCUCAUAUUGUCCCGAAGAGAUGAAGAUGAACAUUUUUGAUUGAUUCAGGGAUAGGGUGACUUAAGCAAGUGAAUCCAUCAAUACAGUUUGAACCUCUCUGUUUUAAAGUGAACUGAUGUAUCCAAAAUUGAGCAAUAAGAGGCAAGCAUACAAUACUGUAAGCAAACAAAAUUAUCAUAAAGAGGUAAUAACACUAUUAUGGCUACUAAGAAAUAGCAAUAUAUUGCACAAGUGCUAAAUUUACAUAUGCUCAUUUAAGUUAACGCUAUCAGUAAUAAAGAGCAAAUUGUCUAAUGUGUCCAAUACACAUCUGGUCCUAUUUGAGGGAAUACAGGAAAGUGCACUGUUACAUUAUUUCUUCUUUCACAUGCUUUGGAAAUACCAAUUAACUUAACAUUUUAUGCAGCUGUUCUCUGGUCUGAGAUGCCGUGUAGCCUUUACCUGACAAAGUCAAACUUUGUAACCUCCCUGAUGAAUCAAAUGAUUAAAUUACAGAAUUUAUGAUAACAGAGCAACUAGGUUACACCUAAAUUUAAAUACAAUCUUAAGCACAAGCCUUCACUUCAUUGACUUUGAAAAAGCACAACUUAUUGCUUUUUUUUAACAUUGAAAAAAGGAAAAUAAAAGUAAACUUCAGACUCAACAUACUGUAUACUGUAUGUAUUUUUGGCAUAUAAACAUAUCAGUUUGCUGUGCGUUGAGCUGAAUUGAUGUGUAAACCAGAAAAUGAGGCUUUAAAAUUACGAACCUGCUGUGACUUUCAUCAGUGCUAUUGCUAAGAAAAAGUGUUUAAAAAAAAAAAAAAAAAAAUUUUAAGUUUGCUGUGAAAAUUUGGCAGUCCAAAAUAAGCUAACAUUUUACAUUUCUUUUGCACUCUAGGCCUGUAUAAUAUUUGAACUGUGAAUUGCAAGGCCGUCUGUGGCUUUAAAUGAGCAAUAAAAUGCAGAGCUACUGAGUGAGUCAAAUAAAGGUGUUCUGCUGUUAACUGUGACACAUUUUCCUUGUUGUGAUGUUAAUCUAUGACAUAGUUUGCUUUGGAUUCCUUGCUUCUAUUAAAAUGAACUCAACUGAAAACAAACAAUUUCAGUGCAUAUUACGGGCCACAAAAAAUUAUGUGGUGGGACGUAUCUGAUCGCCAGAUGUUGAGUUUGAGAGCAGUGCACUACUCGCACAUUAUGAGGUUGCUCAGGAAAAUCCUUCUUUGACUCAAUUUUCCUGUGUUUCAGUCCUUGAGACAGGUACAACAAAUUGGGGUCAAACUGAUCCCAGAGGAACACCUAUACUGUAAAUGUAAAAUGUAUACAACACGUUGAGAAAAUAUAAGAAAUGUAUGCUUAAUUAUUUGUCCCAAUCGAAUGAGAAAAGUCAUAACAUAUGAAGCUCCCUCCUCCCAAAAAGUUAUCUUUUAAUGUUAAACAUUGAAUGAGGUCAAAUUGACCCCAAGGAUAACAGGAGGGUGAAGUAUGGUGGCCCAGAGUGCAAAACAAGCACAUCAAACUGAUUAAUAAUAAUAAAAAAAAAAAGACUUUCAAUUACUUUAAACUGGAAGACCAUCAGUGGAGGUAUAUCUGACGAUUAGGUAUGUUAACUCUUCACAUUACUUUUAUAGACAAAAAUAAAUAAUACUACAAUAUUAAAUUUUGUUAUAAGACUCAGUCAAUUAAUGGGCCUAAUUGAAGUGAUAAAAUUUUGAGUUGGAAAAUCAAACAGUAAUUUUGACAAAUAUUAACAACGCUGUUCAGAGAUAUCAUGGAUACUGUACUUAAAAAUCCAAAAGGUUGACAUGGAAAUAACAAGCAUUUUUUAUAUAAACAGUAAUGGUUAUACGAAAUACAAAUAAGAAUGAAGUUAAACUUUGAACACGCCAAUGGUAAUUUUUCUCUUGAUACUUUACGCCAGAGGUAACACAUGAAAACGAUGAUAAACACCAUUCCUUUUCGUCGGAACAUAUUCAGUGUACCAUACAGAAUUCAUAUAGGCCGGUUAGCUCAGUUGGUUAGAGCGUGGUGCUAAUAA